GUCAAAAAAUUAAUUCUAAUGUUUGCAACUAGUACUUUUGAAAAUUUAUUAAAUAUGUCAAAAAUACGUUAAUUGUGGGGAUUUUUGAGGAACUGAAAAACGUCCAGGCUUGGAAAAAUGGAUAAUUAAACUACUCCGAAACAACUCGAACUGACGUAACGAUUAAAAAUGACAAUAAUAAAACAUUUUUUACUGAUGUGGUCAAUUUAGAAAGAAAUAUGAUAUUAAAAUCGAUGAAGAGUGAACCGUUAUUUUUAGAAGGUUCGAAAAUGGAUCAAAUCGAAAAUCAGUUCUGCCGUUUUCUAUUCGUAGACGGAUAGAAUCUGCGUAGAAUACUAAUGUAAACAUCUCAUACCUCACCGACUUCAAUUAAUGUGGAUUAAUUUGCACAAAGCCUUUCCGAACAACCUCUUUCGUUGUAAGCGAUUCCGAUUUGUCAUAACUUACAGCCGGGUCUUAGAAACGGCAAAUUAAUGAUUACGGAGCACGUCUUGAAUGGUUUCGAUCGAAAUUAUAAAAUAGUUUUUAUAAGAUAAUUGGUCAUUACUACUACACUUUUAGGUACGGGUCGCCGUCGUACGGAUUUCGAAUAGAUUUUCAUACUUUUUAAGCGCUGAUCGUCGUUGAACGUCAAAAACAUAACCUCACUUUUCUAAUAUAGUUUGUGGUUGCUUAAAAAUGACUUAUCUGAGGUUUUCUUAUUGAAUCCAAACGAAGAAAUCAAGAUCAGAAUUGAAAUGACUCGAAAGGCAUUAAAAACGUGGUUGCGAACCUUCAUUGAGAAGACGACACGAGAAGAAAAAGAAGAUUGAAAAUUUUUUGCUCCAAUAGAAAUCCAAUGAAAUCAGUCAUCUGAUUAAAGGCAACCAAUCAGUACAUUGUAUUGAAAACCCAUGGGAUAUUUCACUUUAUCACGUUGCCAUGGAUACAUAUUUUGAUUCGUUUCGAUUUUGACGUUUCAAAUGUUUGACAUUUCAAAAUGUCACGAGAAUAUUAAUGAAAUUUUUGAACCAAACAUAUAAAAAAACGGUUAAAGGAAACAAAGUAAUGAGUUACCAAUCAAUUGAAUUGAAAAAUUAUAAUAUUCUUUUAUAAAAAAGCGUUCUUUAAAUUUUAAAUAUUAGUUUCAUUUACAUGAAAAUAAAUUUAGUUCAAAUUGUAUUAGGAAAACAAUAAUUUUAUUAUAUUUACAAGGCAAUAAUUUCUUUUCUGAAUUAUCUUAAUUUUUUUAUAUAAUCAGAAUAAUUUUUAUAUAGCACGCCUAUGGUAAAGGGGGGAUAUCGCCGUACGCCAUAUGCAACAAUAAUCGCGGGCACAGAUCUCAGUUGUGCGGUAGUCGCAGUCUACUUAUUUUACGCAUAUUACUUAUUAGGCGUUUUGUCCACUGCGAUAUCUUUGUCUCGUUUUCCCAUCUUUUUUCCCACGUUUUUACUCUGGUUCUGAUUUUUCUUAUAUUUUGUUCGUUUUCGGUGUUUAGCCACACUGGUGCCCCACAAAAUCAUGUUCUUUACUUUUUAUUUAAUGAUUCUAUACGUUUCUUUCUAAACCUUACACUUUUGUUUGUUUAGUAUUCUUGCUUCAAUAUAAUUUCGUCUGAAUUUUUCUAUACCAGCUUUUAAAUUAGACUUGUUGUGUUUUCUACAAAUUCAUUUGGUUCUCUAUAUAAGUUUAAUUAACAAUGAUAAAUUUAAUAAUUUUAAUUUCAUAACUAUAAAAUAAAUGUUAUGUGCGUGACUUGGAAACGUUUUUUUUUAUUGCCGUGAUCACAUAUUCUCCUCCCUUUUGUAUAUAAAGUAAUUGAAUACAACGUAAUUUCAUAAAAAAUUGUAAUUAAAAUUCUAAAUUGGUAUUAUUGAUUAUUGAUUUUGACAGCCCGCCAUUUUGCCUAGAGAAUAAGCGUAGGGAUUUAGGUUAUGAAAACGCGUAAUUAAUUAAGAUUUUUAAUGAGAAUUAACGAAAUAAGAUAUUAAUUAAGUGAUUAAGUAAUAAUUUUAUUAUUAAAAUUAUAAAUAAUUCAAUUCUGCUGUACCAUUUUUACGUUUGUAAUGAAAUUCGCGACGUAUUGUUUGUGUAUAAAUGUUUGUAGUGAAAAGUUUUGUGUUGAAUCUAUUGAAAGUGAAACAAAUAAUAGUGUUUAUAAAGGAAAAGUGAAUAUUAAAAGUGCAUAAAUAAUAGUUAAAUAUGAAGUUGAGUUGAAAAUAAUGGAUGGUAAAGAUUGAUACAACUUACAAGUUCUUUUGAAUUGUAGAAAGCAUUCAAACAACAAUUUGUUUAUAUUCAAUUGCAUUAAAAUGUUUUUUCCGUUACAGAAAGGACCUUCGAUUGUGGAGAAAUUCUCAAGAUGCCACCAGCUGAAGAAGUUCGAAAAAGGUCAACCUCUGAUUACAUCUUUGGUAAAGUUCUAGGAGAAGGAAGUUUUAGUACAGUUUAUUUAGCUAAAGAUAUACAUACGAACAAGGAACAUGCCAUUAAAGUUGUUGAAAAGGCACACGUCAUCAGAGAAAAGAAAACAGAAGCUAUUAUGCGAGAAAAAGAAGUACUGAGAAUCCUAGGAAAUGCUUGUCCUUAUUUUGUUCGUUUAUAUUGGACAUUUCAAGACUCUGAUAGGCUCUAUUUUGUUCUCAGUUACGCCAAAAAUGGUGAUGUAUUAUCCCAGAUUGACAAACACACUCACCUCAGUAUUGAGUGUACUCGAUAUUAUUUAGCAGAACUGAUUUUAGGCUUAGAAUAUUUACAUAGUAAAAAUAUUAUUCACAGAGAUUUGAAACCGGAAAAUCUUCUGUUUGACGAAAAUUGGCACAUUUUAAUUACCGAUUUCGGUAGUGCUAAAAUCGUUUCGUCCGAAAAUGGUCAUGAAGAAAGGAAUAAUAUUAGAUCAGAAAAUAAAUAUCCUUAUCGAAGACGUAAUAGUUUUGUAGGUACAGCUCAGUUUGUUAGUCCCGAAAUGCUAGCUGAAACUGCCUCUAGCUUUGCAUCUGACCUUUGGGCCCUUGGGUGCAUCGCUUAUCAAAUGGCUUACGGACAAAUGCCAUUCACAGGUGGUAGUGAAUAUAUCAUCUUCCAAAAAAUUUUAAAAUUAGAUUACACCUUUUCUGAAGACUUUCCGAGAGGAGUAAAAGAUUUAGUUGAACAAUUGUUAGUAUUAGAACCUAAUAAUCGACUUGGCGCUCGUGAUGAAAGAUGUUAUUCUAGUUUAAGACAACAUUCAUUCUUCAGCGUACUGAAUUGGGACGAUCUAGGUCCUCCUCCUAAAAUAUCAGAAGAUACCGUCGAAGAUAUGGUACAUGAAAUUCCGGAUGAUUUAGAACCAGGUUUAGAUCCAGAACAAGUUUCCAGAUUGCAUUUAAGCUUGUUAACGCCCAAUCCUGUAGUGAAUAGAAAAAAAUCUCCUCCUAAUAGAAAAAUUACAGAUCUAACAGAUACGGAAAUCCAACAAAGAUUAGAAGCCCAAAAGACCAACAUUUAUCAUAGUUUCGUUGAAGAUAAUCUCAUAUUGAAACAGGGAUUUAUCGAUAAGAAAAAGGGAUUGUUUUCGAGGAAGAGAAUGUUUUUAUUGACCUUAGGUCCUCAUUUAUACUACGUAGAUCCUGUUACGAUGACACUCAAAGGGGAGAUACCUUGGAGUAGUGAUAUUAAAGCCGAAGCCAAGAAUUUCAAAACUUUUUUUAUUUAUACGCCUAAUAGGAAAUAUUAUCUUGAGGAUCCUGAGGGGUACGCUUUGGAAUGGUGUAAGGCUAUUGAAGACUUGAAAAAUUACUAUUUCUCAGAUGAGACUUGAUUAUAAUUAACUUUUUUUAUAUAUCCUUCAAUAUUUAUUAUUAAAUUAUUUUUCCUUUAGGUUUAUUGUAGGUAAAUUGUUAUACUAUUGUUGGGUAUCGCAUUAUCGAAUUGAAAAAAAAAAAAAGGAAAUUUAAUGGAAAUAAAAAUUUUCAACUUUCAAAUUCUCAAAUAGUAAAUAGAUAGUUCCCAUGAGAGGAGACGAAGCUUUAGGAGCGUAAAAUUUACCCCACCCACUGUUGUUUAAUGUUUCCUUAUAACGGAACACGGUAACAUGCAAGAAUAUUACAGACACUUCGGUCUAAAGAAACCCGUAGGAAAUGUGGAAUGAAACUGAAGAUCAAUAUAAUGAGUCAUUGCCAAAUAUUUCAAAGAAUAAUAGCAAAAAAUGUUAACAGUUUGGCAAAGUAAAUAAAAAAACCUUUCUAGAAACUGGUUAAAUAAAACAUCAUUAACAAAUCGCCACUAUUAUAAAAACAUAUAUAAAAACAAACAUCAAACGAAUUCCACGAACCGGCGCAUUCGCCAUAAUUUGGAUUUCCAUUGUAAACUGAACAGGAUCGGCUUCGCGGUACAUGUCGUGGACGAGUUUGUAACGUAAUGAGUUAUUCGUUAUGUAGUUAUGCAGUUUUCUUUAUUUUGUUUUAAAUCUUUUUUCUUCCAACAUGGAUGAUCAUAUUGGUAGACUACUGUGUGUUCAAUGCCAACAAGUAUUCCCCAGAAGACGAAAUUCGCCAUUCUCUUUUGCUUUGUUAAUAAAUCUUCUGCCUUAAGGUCGUUUACUGUAGAGGAAUACAGGAUUAAAUCAUCAGUUUGAUUUAAGACACUUUUCCAACGACGGAAAUUAUGAACUAUUAAACUUAUUUUGAAUGAAUACACUUUUCGACAGUUCAAUAUCAAGUAAUAUGUGAAAAUACUAACUUUUUUGACUUAAGACGGUUUUCAAAAGGAUGUGCGAUACUGAAAACCACCCUUUUUGUAAAUUAUUGAAAUAAUUCCUCGGAAAACUGUCUUAACUCAACUUAAUAUCUUUUAAAAUUCGUUUACUGUAGAGUAAUUCAGUAUUAAAUAAUCAGUUUGAUUUAAGACACUUUUCCAACGACGGAAAUUACGAACUAUUGAACUUAUUUUGAAUUAAUACACUUUUCAACAGUGUUUUUUGAGUUCAACAUCAACUGAUAUGUAAAAAUAGUAACUUAUUUUGACUUGAGACGGUUUUCAAAAGGAUGUGUGAUACGUAAAACUGCCCUUUUUGUAAAUCAUUGAAAUAAUUCCUCGGAAAACUGUAUUAACUCAAAUUAAUAUCUUAUAAAGGUCGUUUACUGUAAAUCAAUACAGUAUUACAUCAUCAGUUUGAUUUAAGACACUUUUCCAACGACGGAAUUCCAAUGAAACCUCAAUUUUUUUUUCAAUUCGAUCAUGAACUACGCCAUAAUUUAUUACAUUGUUUGAUAAAGCGUCCCGCGAUUGGAUGUAUGUACGAGUCCUUGAAGAAUUUGUACGGAAUUGUUGCUUAUACUAAAAGUUUGCAAAGACAAUAAUGACAUGUUUUACAUCGUUGCCAGUUUGUAAUUUUAUCCAGUAGAUUUUCUUCCAUUACAUUCAUUUCAAUCAAUUAUCGAGCAGCCUAACGAACUGUCAAAAUCAGCUGUUGCAAAAUGGCCGCCGUGGGGUAAACAAAUGCUUGUGCCGUAAGUUUCCGCGAGGUUGAGUUCAGAGUUUAUUAUUUCCGGUUCUAUUACUAACUUAAAGAGUUGCUACUUGGAUAAAUGCGAAAUUUUCUCCUAGAAACAUGAUUUUUUUUAUUGGGUACAUAAAUAGAGAAAAUAUUAAA